AUGUCAGGUUUUCUCAAGAACCUUCAAACGUAUUAUGACCAGCCGAGACUAGACAGCAAGAUAGAGGAAAACGAAGAUUUGGGUUGUUGGCAGGAACCACCUGAAGAUGUGAAAGAGAUUAUUGUUAAGCUAAUGAGUUUCAGUGGUCGAGUUCGCCUAAGCAGUUUGUGCAAGUCUUGGAGAUCAGUUUCUAUGCGAAGAGAGAUCCCGACUUGUCUACAACUCCCAUGGUUAGUACAUCCCCAAGCCGAAACGGGCGAUAGCUUGAGCUUCUCUAGCCUCUCAGAGGGAAAAGUUUUCACGUCGAGGCUACCUUGCCCUGAUUUCAAGUCGUUGAGACUGAAUAAGCUGCUACUUGGGACAAGUACUAAUCAAUUGCAAAGAUCAUCAUCUCGUUUUCUCGAGUCUUCCAGAGGUUGGUUGGUUAUGCUGGGGUGGGAGUUCUAUUACAGGUUAUUCAUACAAAGAAAGCAGCUGAUAAUAUAUCUCCUGAAUCCAGUUUCAGGAGCCCAGCACCGACUUCCUCCUUUACAAACGAUUCCCGGCUAUAAAGAAAAGUCUGACAGUCAUCCCUUUUCUCAAGUUGUAUUAUCUAGCCCAGAUAUCGAUGUAUCAACAUGUUUGGUCGCAGCAACUCUUGGUACGCAAAAACUGCUUUUAUGCAGACCUAGAGACAAAAGUUGGAGCGUCUUUCAGGUAUUUGAUGAAAACGACAGUCUAGGCCGUGUUAACCAUAUAAUGUUUUCUAGUAGAGGGAUACCAUAUGCCUUAGUUGGGGAUAGCAGUCUUUGUGGUGAUGAAACCUGGAUUGAAAACCGCAGUUUAAAGUUUGGAGAUGAUGAAGUGGAAUUGAAGGUGAUCUAUGUCAAAGUAUACCUAGAAUCGUGGGCUGAUGAAGGGUUUUCUAUGCAAGAGUACUUCGAAUAUAAGCCAUACUUGUCAGAAUCAACGAACAAUGAACUUCUGUUGAUUUAUCAAAUUGCAGACACUAAUGUUCGUGAUCACGAUGUCAUGGAAGGCAAUGUGGUUGAUGAAAAUGACAUGGAAGGUAAUGAGCAGAACGAGAACGUUCUAGGAUGGGUUGGACAAAUCUUACGUAAAGCACUGCACCUGAAAUCUUUUUUAAAUAGAAACAGGCCAGAGUUUCCCUAUCGGAGGACAAGGUGGUUUAGAGUAUACAAGAUUGAUCCAGACAAUAAUAUGUUUCAUAGGGUACAAGAUCUAGGAGACCAAAUGUUAUUUCUAGCAGAUGAUAGUUCUUCUUUGUCCCUUUUAGCCACCAAUUUCAAAGAGUUACGAGGGAAUUGCAUAUAUUUUGCAACAAGAGGAAUGGCGUGUGGAAAAGUUCAUACAUCACGUGAGAUCGGCAUUUUCUACUUAGAUAGUGGAAGAAUUGAGCGAUCAUUUCCAAGUUUUGAGAUGGAGGAAAACUCUCCACUUAGUUGGUUCGUGCCAAGUUUAUGGUAG